AUGGAGGUGUGUGGGAGUGUCGCCACACUGGAGAUGGAGGAGAACGAGGCGGUGUAUGAUCACAUGGCCUUCGGUCUGACCCGGAGAAGAAUUUGGAACCUGAUGGAGAAGCCGUUCUCCUCAAUCACUGCCAAGUUGAUGGCGGUGGCCUCCUCCAUCUUUGUGCUUGUAUCACUGGUUGCCAUGACACUCAACACUGUGGAGGAGAUGCAGUACAAGACUCCAACCGGUCAGCCAAGCGGCAGAUUCUACGGUGAAAAUGUGGAAAAAUUCUGCAUCGCCUUCUUCACCCUGGAAUACCUGCUGCGUCUGGUUUCCACCCCUGAUCUGAAGUGUUUUGGCCGUAGCAUGCUGAACACUGUAGAUCUGAUUGCCAUCCUGCCUCACUACCUGCAGUUGAUCCUGGAGUGCUUCGACGACGAAGACAUCCACCGCCAUUCUGGGGACAUCGAGACCGUUGCGAGUGUUGGAAAGGUAGGCCAGGUUCUGAGGAUCAUGCGUCUCAUGAGGAUCUUCAGGAUCUUAAAGCUGGCUCGUCACUCGACAGGGCUCAGAGCCUUUGGGUUCACUCUGAGACAGUGCUACCAGCAGGUUGGCUGUUUGCUGCUGUUCAUCGGCAUGGGGAUCUUCAUGUUUUCAGCCAUGGUGUACAGCGUGGAGCAUGACGUCUACAACACCAACUUCACCUCCAUGCCCCACACAUGGUGGUGGGCCGCGGUGAGCAUCUCCACUGUGGGUUAUGGCGACAUGUUCCCAGAGACCAACCUGGGUCGCAUCUUUGCCUUCGCCUGCAUCUCCUUCGGCAUUAUCCUUAACGGCAUGCCCAUCUCAAUCCUCUACAACAAGUUCUCCGACUACUACACCAAGCUCAAGUCCCACGAGUACGCCAUGGUCAGCAAGGCACGUGGGAAGGUACGCUUCAUCAAGAGGGCAGCCAAGAAGUUUGCUGACUAUUGCGACGAUGCAGUUCAGCCUGAGGAAGAUGAGCGGUUUGUGGAGGUCUUUGGCAGGAGACCAAAGUCUGAGCUGCUGGAGUUUUAA